AUGAUGAGGAUUAAGAUAUCGGUUAUUAUUUUAAUCACGCUAUAUUUCCAAAUCACAACUCAACAGAUGCAAGAACGAGAUGAUGAAGUAAUGGUAUCAGGAAGCAAAAAAACGAUAAAGGAAUUAAUCAAUGUAUAUUUCCCUGAAUUCAUCUCUAUAUCAAAUAAAUCAUGUAUUGAAGAAGCCAUAUCAUAUGAUGGAUUUUUAUCCCGAUGUAUCCAUGGUGAUGAUAUGAGUUUGAUUUCUGAUACUCAUAAGAUGAUUGUUUCGAUUAAAUUGACUAUAUGUGAAUUUGAGAAUUCUGCUUCUAUAAGAAUCUUACAACCAUGUCUGUAUCAUAUUUCGGAUGAACGUAACAGUAAGAGUGAGUAUCAGGAUAGAUAUGUUCAAUUCAUGGAUUGUAUGGUUGGUAAUUCUAAUGAAUUUUGGACUAGUUAUAGUGGAUAUUAUCAACGAUUGAAUUCAUUAUGUUUUGAGAAUGAAGAAUUUUAUAAUAAGGAACGAUUUUUCAAUAUGAUUAAUAAUGUCACUAAUUUUUUUGAAGAUUUUAAUUAUGAGAUGCAUGAAAUGAAUGAAGAUUUCAAUGUUAAGAAUUUUAAUAGGAUGCAAGAAUAUGUUGAUGAUAUAUUUGAUGGAUUUGUUGAUUUACAAAUGAAACAGAAUUCUGUAUUAGAGGAUGAUUUUAAUAAAUUUCGUAAUCAAAUGAAUGAGAAUUUGAAUAAGAAUGAUUUAGAAUAUCAAUUGCGUCUUUCAAAACGAGAAAUGGAAUUGAGAGAUUAUUUUCUCAAGGUGAAUGAUAUAAUCAAAGAUAUUUCUAGUAGUAUAACUCGAGAGAAACUAGAUAUUAAAGAUGAGAUUCAAAGUUUCAAAAAUCAAAUAAUAGCGAAUGCAUCAAAUGAAAUGGUUAGUUAUGAAAUAGAGAAGAAUUUAGAGAAUGAAAAGAAAUUACAAGAAGUACUACUGACUACUUCUGAGGGGUUAGUUAUGAUCAAUGAAUUGGUCAAUGAUACCGUACGAAAUUUCCAAGGUCAAUUGUCUGGAGAACUAAUAGAGUCGAUCACGUCAAGCAUUGAAUUGGAGCUAAUGCCCAGCAUAAUACAUUUUAAGCAAAUUAUGCUAAAGGAAAUGAGUAUGAUGACAAGUAUUUUAAAUGAUGAAAUGAAACAUUGGAAUUAUGAAAUUACGAAUAAUUUUGAAAAUAUUAAUAUGCGUAUUAUCGACACUAUGGAGAAGAUUAAUGAUUUGGAUUCCCGAUUAAAUAAGUUUAUUAAGGCAUUGAAUGGACUAUUUGCCAGUUUUACUAAGUUGUUGCAAUUGGUUAAAUUAAUGUGGGCAUAUAAGAUUAUAAUGAUUUUAGUAUUCCUGAUAAUCUCGCAAAGAACCAUAUGGCGAAGAGUUCUGAUAAAGACCCUUACACUUCCUAAAAUGUUUAUACGAUUGUUGCGUUUAAUGUUGAAAUGGUUGAUGUUGAUUGUUGUAAUAAUCUUUGGAUCUCAAUUUGGUAAAUUUAUAAUAGCAAGCUUUAUAUAA